GUCUGCGCCUGGCACUUUCACGAUAGUUUGCUGGAAGGCACGAUCACAGACAUGGAGCUCAUGCCUGGGGAGGCUGCCAAGACGAAGUGCUUCAGUGCUAUGCUCUCCGGACUGGACAUCGCUGUGCGUCGGCCGCAGGCAAUCAUUUUAAGUCCGACGAGCGAUCUUGCAAAGCGCAACUAUGACCUCAUGAACCUGAUUGGGCUUGGGAUUGGCCUCAACGCAAAGCUCGUGGGCCCUGGAACGGAACGCGUGCGCAAAACCAUCGACGCCCAGAUCCUCUUGGGCACGCCGGGCAAAAUCAUGGACAAAGGGGGUUGA